AGCAACGCACGUUAUUUUAUUUAUUUCUUGUUAAAAUUUUACAAUUUUUAUAUUUAUCAACAACAAAAUGGAAACAACUAUUACAUAUUUCUUCACAAUUGUUAUCGUCCUUUUGACGUCUGCACAAUCCAGACCCCAGCAUUCUGCUCCAUCAAAUUUCGUCUUAUGGAACUAUUUUCCAUUCUUGCAACAUCAACAACUGCAGAUGAUGCAACAGAACAACAUUCCGGUCAUGCACCCGAUUAACAUGCCCCAAACACAUCAUCAGGGGCAAUAUCCUAGCAUCGAGAUGUAUUUCAGCCGACCGAGUGCUGUAGGUGACAUCCAGUACCAAGAGCUCAAGGCCUCUCCCCCCGCAGCACCACCGUCGUCCUUGUCACCACCCAAAAUAACAAGGAUACCAAAGUCAACACAAAAAACUACCACUACAACAACAACAACGACAACGACAACAACAAAACGACCAACAAAACGUCGCAGGAUAUCGGUGAAAAGCUCAACACCACCCGUAGCCGAAUCCCUAAAGGCCCAAUUGUCAAGGGGAAUCUUUGAGAUGGCACGCAACAUCCAGAAGAACAUCCUCUCGGAGAAAAUGUUCAAACAGACCGGCAAUGGAAAAUUCAAUGUUAUCUCGCCGAUAAAUGUGGCUGCUGUCCUGUCGCUCCUCGAACUCGGAGCAAAGGGUCAGACCAAUCAGGAAUUGCAAAACAUUUUGGGCUUUGAUAAGUUGCAAACAUCAACAUCAAAAAAUCCUUUGGCCCCACACUAUGCCCUCGGACAAAUGCUUGAGUCUAUUCUAUUCCCAGAAUCAUCGUCGUCAUCGUUGGCUUCACCAUCGUCAACGGAUCCAGAAAUCAAUAUGGCAAAAGGAAUUUUUAUGCAAACAGGAUACAGCAUGAGGCAAGAUUAUCGAACAUCGGUGGAGACCAUUUAUCAAAGUCAAGUCACAGCUUUGAAUUUCCAACAACGUCCGGCAGUGGCUACAAAAUUCAUUAACGAUUGGGUGAAGAAGCAGACAAAUGGAAAAAUCGGGAAUAUCCUUGCGGAUGGCAUUGACACGUCCACCCGCAUGAUGGUAGCCGGGGCUGUAUACUUCAAGGCGAUGUGGGUGUCUUCUUUCAUUCCAGCAGCCACAUCCAAACGUCCAUUCUAUCCCCAAGGCAAGCAGGGACAAAGGAUUAUGGUCGAUACGAUGGGCAAUGGUGGUGAAUUCAAUUACUACGAAUCGAAGGAUUAUGACUGUGGCAUUGUGGCUCUUCCAUUCAAAGCCCAAGCAUCAUCGUCAUCGUCGUCGUCGCAUUCCUCUUCAGCCACAACAAUGUAUAUUAUCCUGCCGAAUAAAUCGAAUGCAUCAAAACUGAGGAAGCUGCAAGCAAGUCUAACGUCCGAUAUUAUUGAUGAGAUGAUUUUAAAGAUGACAAAACGAAGGACCUUCAUUAGCCUGCCAAAGAUGCAUUUAAGUGACACACUCGAUCUGAAGGACGUUUUGGGACAGUUGAAUGUUAAAACUCUCUUCGAUGGCAACAGGAGCGACCUCACUGGCAUCACCGAACACAAUCAGAUAUCGCUUGAUGGAUUUCUGCAUAAAAUCGAUCUAACCAUCACAGAGGCUGGCACAGAGGCUGCUGCAGCGACAGCUUCUCAUUUAUCAAGACAGGAAUACGAUGUCGAGUUCCGAGUGGAUGGACCGUUUAUGUUCUUUGUGCGACAUGAAGAAACUAAACUGCCAAUAUUCUAUGGCUCUGUCAUUGAGCCUGUGAAUUGUGUCUAAGUCUGAAAGUCUAAAAUGGCAAAUCUUAAAAUUUCAUUUGUGGCCAUCAUCGGAGACACACAGUGAUCCCUUCCCUGUCACUGGAUGACGAUUUUUAUGCUUGUUUUUUGUUGAGUUUGUUUUUUUAUAAAUGUUCCUGUUUUUGUCUUCUAUUUAUUUAUUUAUUUAUGUACAUUAUUUUAAAUACUUCUAAGGCUGAUUCGA